CUCCCGUCAUUUGAGUGUUUACCUCGGAUGCGUGCGGCUGCAGCGGAACACCACAGCUGGUUUUGUCUGGGUCCACGGCCGGUUCGGAGAAAGAGGGACAAACCUCAGAGGAUUAGCGGCAGAGGCGGGGUGGGAAUAAAAAAAAAAGAAAAAACAGUAAGGACCUGAUCCCGGCAGCAGGAUUACCCACUCGCUGGAAAAGCGAAAACAAGCGACGCUCCGCGGACGUUUCUCCGGCCGGAGAGGAUGAGCUGACCGCGGGGACUCGCAGUUAAAGUGCUUGUGGUUGGACGCGGAGGAGGAAGCGGACCGCCCCGUGCACCGGACGGAUAUUCACAUGUUGACGCGUAAACUUCGCUGUGGAAGCCGUUUUAAAGCGGCGCGGUAGGAGCCGGACUUUACGCAUAACAGGCAGAAUCUCCCCCCCCCCCCCCCCCCCCCCCCGUCCAGCCAGUCAUCCAGACCCCGGUCGUGAUUCCGUUCCCCGGAUACUAAACACGGAGAAGAUCGGUUGCUUGUGCCGAUGCCAACGGCAGACUGCAAGUCGCUCCAUCAUGGCCGGAUCAUGAGGUGUUUGACUUAUCUGCUCCUACUUCCAGAAACGCUGAAAAAGUCCAAGAAGGUCGGUAAGCUCCCGGGCAGGCUGCCGGUAUGUUAUGAGAUCCUGACUCUGUCCCUGACGAAGAAGCAGCAGCAGCAGCAGAAGAUGGCUGCGGAGUUGUACCCCGCCGCCAACACCAACCUGUCCAGCGGCACCACGGUGGCGGACACCGAGAAGACCAAGGAGUUGCAGGUGAGCCAGGCCAGCAGCAGCAGCAGCGCGGCGACCACCCCGACCACCCAGCAGAACAUCAACAACAACAACGUAGAUCCACCCAGCUGGCAGUGCAGCCACCCCACGCUGAGAGAGAGGAAUGCCUUGAUGUUUAACAACGAGCUGAUGGCUGAUGUCCACUUCAUCGUGGGGCCCUUGGGGGCAUCGCAGAAGGUUCCAGCACACAAGUACGUGCUGGCCGUGGGAAGCUCCGUCUUCUGUGCCAUGUUUUACGGCGAUCUGGCGGAGGAGGAGUCUGAGAUCCAUAUUCCAGAUGUGGAACCUGCUGCUUUUCUAAUUCUGCUGAAGUACAUGUACAGCGAUGAGAUCGACCUGGAGGCCGACACGGUGCUGGCCACCCUGUACGCUGCCAAGAAGUACAUUGUUCCCGCCCUGGCCAAGGCCUGCGUCACCUUCCUGGAAACGAGCCUGGAGGCCAAGAACGCCUGCGUGCUGCUCUCCCAGAGCCGCCUGUUCGAGGAGCCCGAGCUGACGCAGCGCUGCUGGGAGGUGAUCGACGCUCAGGCCGAGCUCUCGCUGUGCUCCGAGGGCUUCUGCGAGAUCGACCUGCAGACGCUGGAGAUCAUCCUGCGGCGGGAGACGCUCAACACCAAGGAGGUGGUGGUGUUUGAGGCGGUUAUGAACUGGGCCACGGCGGAGUGCAAGAGACAAGGUUUGGGGCCCACCACCCGCAACAAAAGAGAAGUCCUUGGCAAGGCGUUGUUCUUAGUGCGCAUCCCCACCAUGAGCCUGGAGGAGUUCGCCAACGGGGCGGCGCAAUGUGAUAUCCUGACACUGGAGGAGACGCACAACGUGUUCCUGUGGUACACUGCUGCUAAAAAGCCCAAACUGGACUUCCCUCUGACGGCGAGAAAGGGUUUGGUGCCUCAGAGGUGCCACCGCUUCCAGUCCUCGGCCUACCGGAGCAAUCAGUGGCGCUACCGCGGCCGGUGUGACAGCAUCCAGUUCGCGGUGGACAAGAGGAUCUUUAUCGCAGGUCUGGGGCUGUACGGGUCGAGCGGCGGCAAAGCCGAGUACAGCGUCAAAAUCGAACUGAAGAGACAGGGGGUGACCCUGGCGCAGACCCUGACAAAGUUUGUGUCGGACGGGUCGAGCAGUACGUUUCCGGUGUGGUUCGAGCAUCCUGUUCAGGUGGAGCAGGAUGCGUUCUACACCGUGAGCGCCGUGCUGGACGGGAACGAACUGAGCUAUUUUGGCCAGGAGGGCAUGACAGAGGUGCAGUGUGGGAAGGUGACAUUUCAAUUUCAGUGCUCCUCCGACAGCACCAACGGGACUGGAGUACAGGGAGGACAGAUCCCCGAGCUUGUGUUCUACGCAUAAGCUGCUCUGGACCGCUGAUGGAAAACGACCCUCGCCUCCCAGCCUUUGAAGUAAUGUAGCAUUAAAGACACUCGACUAACGUCACACUAAACGGCCUGGUUAGUUCUUUGAGAGACUAUUUUAAAAGCCAAGGAGCUGUUUUAUCCUAUUUAAUUUAAUGUUAUUUUUUUAAUUUAAGUUCCGGGUUAACGUUAUUUGCUCCGACGCCUGCGGCUGCUGUAGAAACAACAUUCAUACAGUGAUUUGUGGUUAUGUAAUCAAGCUGAACUGGAACAAGUAGGGCUGCUUCAAAUUCUGUAAUUGCAAGUCUAUAUAAGAUGUUGUUACUAUAGUCCAAGCAGCAAUAUUACAUGAGGAGUAAACUUUAUGUAGUGUUGUAAUUCUAAAUGCAAAAAAAAGUAGAGAUCUUCUCAGUUGUUUUGCACUUCAGAGGACGGCCUCAGAAACAUCGUGUCUUUUGUAAAAAUACAGUUUAACAGCUUGAUGCUGUUAAAGAUGACCAGAUGUGUUCUGUACAAGAAUGCUUACACACCUGAUGAACAUAAAGGUUAUAAUGUGGUUGAA